ACAACAACAACAUACAUGUUACACAAUAUUGAAAUCAAUGGAGUUGGAUCUUGAGAAUCCUCUCUGCUCUUCACACCACCACCUUCCCAACCACGACGACGACUCAUCAUCUCUCUUCCACAAUGAAUCAGCUCAUUUGCCGUCCUACUUCCCGGCGCCGGAUCUCUUUCGCCGGAAAACCAUCUCUCUCAUCUCCCACCACUCCAAAUCCAACUCCAAUCCAUUCCUCACUUAUCUCGCCAUCAAUUACCUUGAUCGUUUCAUCUGCCUCCAAAAUACUCAAAAUUGGAAGCCAUGGACUGUAAAUCUUGUUGCAGUUUCUUGCAUUUCAUUGGCACUAAAAAUGACAAGAACAGACUCCACUUCCUCUGUACCCAAUCAGGAUCAAGAUGAUGAAGAUGGGGGAUCAAUACUAGUAUUCGACCGAAAAACGAUUCAAAGAAUGGAGCUUGUGAUUCUUGGAGCUCUGAAAUGGAGAAUGCGUUCAAUAACUCCAUUUUCUUUCAUUACUUUCUUCAUUUCUCUAUUCAAUCUCAAAGAUCCUUCAUCAUUGAAGCUUUUAAGAGAUCGUGCAACCCAAAUCAUCUUCAGAUCUCAAAUGGACGAGAGUUUAAUGGGGUUCAAGCCUUCAACAAUGGCAGCUUCAUCUCUUCUAGCUGCUUGUCAUGAACUAUUCCCUCUCCAAUUUCCAUGCUUCAGAAAUUCAAUUUGCCAAUCUUCAUAUGUAGAUGAUAAGGAUAGUUUGAUGAACUGUUACGGGGUAAUGCAAGAAACAGAAAAUGGAGGCGGUGAUGGUGGCCGGAGAACAGGGUCGCCGGUGCACAUGUUUGACCGGCGCGUGUGGUCCACGUCUAGUUCGGAGACGGAGAUGGAAGCAGAAACGAAACGUCAAAAGAUUUGUCAGCUUAAUUUCAUGGACUGAUUUAAUCUAAUGAUUUAAUAGUUGCUUUGUUUUUUCAUUCCGUAAUUUCAGAGAUUAAGAUUUAACAACUUUUUGUUGUUAAUAAAAUGUACUU